AACUGGAUAGAGGUGAAUCAGCUACACGGAUGCUUAAUUUGGAAACUUGAAGGCAUCAACUAGCUAAACAUGUGCUGGCUCAGCUGACACUUUUCCACAUCAUCAUCAUAAUCAUGUAUUAAUAUCAUCACAAUCAUGUAUUUAGUUUCUAAAUAAAACCAAAUACAAUAAGUCAUUUUAUAUUAUUGCAUGCACUAAAAAAUUCAGAAAUUCUGUCUUUUGUUUUUCACCUUGGUUUGACUUUCACUCCAUUUUUCGGACUGAUCAGCUCCAAGCUUAAUACUCUUUUCGCCCUUUUUUCAAUUUUGUUUCUGGGAGAAAUUUAGACAAUUAAAUGGGUUCGUCCAAAAAUGUGGUGGGUUUUGUGGGAUUUGAUGAUAUAAGUUUGGAUUUGGCUGCUUCACUUGUUGGCUCUGGUUAUGCUGUCCAAGCUUUUGAUUCUCAGCUUGAUAGUCCCUUAAUGGUUGAAUUUUCAAAGAGGCUUGGGGGAACUAGAUGUGCAAAUGCAGUGGAGGCUACUAAAGGCGUUUCAGCUAUAAUCCUCCUGAUACCGCAUCCAGCUCAAAUUGCUGACAUGAUAUUUGGCCAAGAGGGUAUUUUGGAAGGUUUGAAGAAAAAUGUGGUGGUAGUUCUUCAUACAGUCACAGUGUCUGCUGAAGUUCAGAAACUAGAAAAAUGUCUUACGGAGGAAUAUGAGAUAAAUGCAGUGGUUGAUGCUCAUAUCUAUAGGGGUACUUCUGAAGAUCUGAACGGGAAAAUCAUGGUAAUUUCAUCAGGGAAAUCUAGUGCAAUCAAUGUAGCGCAUCCUGUGCUUUCUGCUAUGUCUGAAAAACUAUUUGUUCUGGAAGGUGAAAUUGGUGCUGGAAGUAAAGUAAAAAUGGUUACAGAGCUACUUGAAGCCAUCCAUCUUGUUGCUUCAGUUGAGGCAAUUUGUCUUGGAGUGCAAGCAAAAAUUCAUCCUUGGAUACUUUACGACAUUAUCUCUAAUGCUGCCGGUAAUUCAUGGGUUUUCAAGCAUCAUGUUCAACAGUGGUUAAGGGCUGACCAUAUGAAGGAUCAAACUUUAAGUACCCUAGUAGAGAAUUUGGGAGUUAUUUUAGGUUUGGCAAAAUCUCUUCCAUUUCCAUUGCCACUUCUUGGAGUUUCUCAUCAACAACUUCUUGGGUGUUCUCAUGUGGGCGGAGAGGAAGGCAAUGCACCAUUGUUUAAGGUAUGGGAGAAAGUUCUAGGAAUCAAACUCGACGAAGCUGCCAAUGAAGAAACAUACAACCCUUUGGAACUAGCAAGAGAGCUGGAGUCUAGGUCAAAAUUGGUAAACCGAGUUGGUUUCAUUGGUCUUGGAGCAAUGGGGUUCGGCAUGGCAACUCACCUACUGAAGUCAAAUUUGACUGUCGUUGGCUAUGAUGUGUAUAAACCAACACUUUGUCGAUUUAUUGAAGCGGGUGGAUUAGUGGGUAACUCUCCUCUAGAAGUAGCGGAAGGUGCUGAUGUGCUUGUAAUAAUGGUUACGAAUGAAGCUCAAGCAGAAAGUGUCCUUUUUGGAGAUCUAGGCGCAGUCCAGGCUCUUUCAGCGGGAGCAACUAUUAUUUUGUCAUCCACGGUUUCUCCAGCAUACGUGAACCAACUGGAUCAACGUUUAAAAGGCAAGAACUUAAAACUGGUGGAUGCCCCUGUUUCUGGUGGUGUGAAAAGAGCAUCCUCAGGAACUCUUACGGUAAUGGCAUCUGGAACUGAUGAAGCUCUGGAACAGUGUAUUUCAGUGCUUUCUGCAUUGAGUGAGAAGCUAUACAUCAUUAAAGGAGGAUGUGGAGCUGGAAGCUGUGUUAAGAUGGUUAAUCAACUACUUGCUGGAGUUCAUAUAGCAUCUGCAGCUGAGGCAUUAGCCUUUGGUGCUCGCUUGGGUCUGCCAACAAGAAACUUAUUUCAAAUUAUGACCACCACCAGCGGAACAUCCUGGAUGUUAGAAAACCGAGGUCCACACAUGGUGGACAAUGAUUUUACUCCUUAUUCUGCACUUAACAUAUUUGUCAAAGACCUGGGAAUUGUUUCUCAUGAAUGCUCAUCUCGGAAAAUUCCACUUCAUGUAGCCGUCACAGCACACCAAUUAUUUUUAGCAGGUUCUGCUGCUGGCUGGGGUGCCCUUGAUGAUGCUGCUGUUGUCAAGUUUUAUGAGUCUCUGACUGGAGUCAAAGUUGAGGGAAAGCUCCCAGUCCUUAGUAAAGAACAUGUGAUGAAAUCUCUUCCGCCCGAGUGGCCUGUGGAUCUUACCAGUGACAUAAUCAAGCUAUGCGAGAACAAUAGGAAGCCUUUGGUCGUUCUCGAUGAUGAUCCAACAGGAACACAAACCGUUCAUGAUAUUGAAGUUCUAACAGAAUGGAGUAUUGAUAAACUUGUUGAGCAAUUCAGAAAAAAUCCCAAGUGCUUUUUUAUAUUGACAAACUCAAGGGCUCUUAGUUCUAACAAGGCUAGUGCUCUGGUGGCUGAAAUCUGCCGCAAUCUUCAGACUGCAGCUAAAUCAGCUGAUAUUGAGUUCACAGUGGUAUUAAGAGGUGAUUCAACUUUGAGGGGUCACUUUCCCCAGGAAGCUGAUGCUGUUAUUUCGGUCUUGGGGGAUAUUGAUGCAUGGAUCAUUUGCCCAUUCUUUCUUCAAGGAGGUCGCUUCACUAUAGGAGACGUACAUUAUGUUGCAGAAGCUGACCGGCUUGUUCCUGCUGGAGACACAGAGUUCGCCAAAGAUUCCGCUUUUGGCUAUAAAUCUUCUAAUCUGCGACAGUGGGUUGAGGAGAAAACAGAAGGGCGUAUAGCAGCUAGUAAUGUGGUUUCUGUUUCCAUCGAUCUGUUGCGCAAAGGUGGUCCUAAUGCUGUUUGUGAGCAUCUAUGCAGUUUGGAGAAGGGGUCAACAUGCAUAAUUAAUGCAGCUAGCGAAAGAGAUAUGGCUGUGUUUGCUGCUGGGAUGAUACUGGCAGAGCUGAAGGGGAAGCGUUAUUUAUGCCGCACUGCUGCUAGUUUUGUUUCUGCUAGAAUAGGAAUAACUUCAAGACCUCCAAUUUCUCCAAAGGAUUUAGGAAUUCAUAAGGAAACCACCGGCGGUCUUAUUAUUGUCGGAUCUUAUGUUCCAAAAACUACAAGACAGGUUGAGGAACUAAAAGUUCAGCUUGGACAUGCAUUAAGAUGGAUUGAGAUACCGGUGGACAAGGUUGCAAUGAAGUCGCCAGAAGAAAGAGCAAAAGAAAUCAAUGAGGCUGCCGAAUUGGCUGAUAUAUAUCUUAAGAACGGCAUGGACACAGUAAUUAUGACCAGUCGAGAUCUUAUCUCUGGAAGAACCCCUUCUGAAAGCCUGGAAAUCAAUUUCAAAGUAAGCUCUGCCUUGGUGGAAAUUGUUAGGCUCAUUAGUACAAGACCUCGUUAUAUUCUUGCUAAGGGUGGAAUCACUUCAUCGGAUAUUGCUACCAAAGCUCUUGAUACCCGACUGGCUAAAGUAGCUGGACAAGCCUUGGCCGGUGUUCCCUUAUGGCAGCUUGGUGGUGAGAGUAGACACCCAGGAGUACCAUACAUAGUUUUUCCAGGCAAUGUUGGUGACCAUAAAGCUCUUGCUGAAGUUGUACAAUCUUGGGCUCGUCCUGCGAAAAUUAUAUCAACCAAAGAACUUUUGCUUAAUGCCGAAAAAGGUGGUUAUGCUGUUGGAGCCUUCAAUGUUUACAAUUUGGAAGGGAUUGCUUCUGUUGUAGCUGCUGCUGAAGAAGAAUGCAGUCCUGCUAUUUUACAGAUUCAUCCUGGUGCCUUGAAGCAGGGAGGAAUUACUUUGGUUGCUUGUUGUCUGUCAGCUGCUGAGAAAGCCAGUGUUCCAAUUACUGUUCAUUUUGACCAUGGAACUUCCAAGCCAGAAUUAAUUGAAAUGCUAGAGUUGGGAUUUGAUUCAGUAAUGGUGGAUGGCUCACAUCUUCUAUUCGAGGAAAAUAUAUUGUAUACGAAAUACAUUGUCGAUUUGGCUCAUCAGAAAAACAUCUGUGUUGAAGCUGAAUUAGGCAGAUUAUCAGGGACUGAAGAUGACUUGACUGUUGAAGAGUAUGAAGCAAGGCUUACUGACAUUAAUCAGGCAGAAGAGUUCAUUGACAAAACUGGUAUUGAUGCUCUGGCAGUGUGCAUUGGCAAUGUCCAUGGGAAAUACCCUGCGAAUGGCCCAAAUCUGAGGCUUGAUUUACUUAAGGACUUGCAUGUUUUGGCGUCCAAAAAAGGUGUGGUUCUGGUCCUUCAUGGAGCUUCUGGUGUACCCAAGGACCUUGUCAAGAGCUGCAUAGAUUUUGGUGUGCGAAAGUUCAAUGUGAAUACUGAAGUAAGGAAGGCAUACAUGGAUUCAUUAACCAAUCCUGGAAAAGAUCUUGUAAAUGUAUUGGCUUCUGCAAAGGAUGCAAUGAAAGCUGUUGUUGUGGAGAAGAUGCGUCUGUUUGGAUCCAGCGGAAAAGCUUAAGGAUAUUGGAAAACAGUAAAAGGACAAAGAGGCAAAAACUCGUGCUUGAGUUAUGGUAAAAUCACCGAGCAUGCAUCAGCAGAAAAACUUGAAAAUAUUGUGAGAGGCCAAAAACCCCGUGUUUGAUUUGAAGAUUGCCCAACACACAGAGUUACACAUUAUUUAAGAUAGUGAAAAACCGAUAUCUAUGUAACUAUGUUCCAUUCUAUAAUAAUUGUCACAUUGAUAAUGUAAUUCGAAAUACUAGUGUGACAACUUAAUACAGAUAGAAAUGACUAAACAUUCUAUCAUCUCCUAAUUUAUGAGAAAGCCCCUUUUAAUCAUCUUGAUAAACAA